AUGUCGGCCUUGCAGACACCUAUGGCAUGCAAAGCGGCCCGUCACGGAGAUGGCCAACUCGUGAAAGAAGAAGAAGGACAAAACAUACUUCAGCAGAACAGCCAUGCUUCAGGCACGUCACAGCAGACCAACAAAACUCCCGACUGUUUCCGAAGAAGCAGUGAACAAUUCAAUAUAAAGAUCAGACUAUACGACAAGCCGAGAGCCGAGAGGAACGAUGCCAGCGCACUCGAAAGGUCCCUGGAUGGCAGUGGGGAUCUGAAACGACGAACUGUCCCGGCGCUGCCAUCAAACAAAGGCUACGACUUGGAUUAUGUCGAACGCAAAUACCUUAAACAUGAGGUGUUCUCUGGUUACAACCACGGCUUUGUGGAGACCAUAGACGUCGUCGCAAGCAGUCAAAAGCGGCCCAGGGAGACGAUCGCGUUUUGUCGCGCCAGGCUCAUCCGACAGGAUAGAAUCAACGCCAAAUUCUACCAGUACAUAAAUCUGCCAUGUGAAGAGGCCACCCUGCUGGCGUUCGACUUGUUUGACCGCUACGGCAAGUUCAGUCACGACUACCAGCAUCAUAAGAUCAAGAGAGGCUCCGGGUUCUGGAAGAACCAAAUAGAUGACGGAGAUAUCCUGCUCAUUGAGGACGUCCAAGUCCAAGAGUCGUCUCGGCGAUGUGGCCUGGGGCGAAAGAUGGUACAGGCCCUCCUGGCAGCGACGCAUGCGAAGACCGCCGGUGGGCGAUUUGUCGCGAUUGUCUGGCCAGAUUCGUCAAAGCAUUCUCGAUCACAUGAAGCCCCCCAAGCCGUUGUAGGGAACAAGGGGAGGGCCAAGGUCUUUGCACAGGAAGAUGCCAAUACAAUCAGGUGGUUCCGGCACCUGGGCUUCAGAAGGAUAGGCAUCACUGUCUGGUUCGGAUUGUGCGGUGCCAGCACCACCCCAGAUCAAAGCCUUGCGUUGGCUGAUGACUAUGAUCCGCCCAAAGCCCCUCCCAAUGACCAUGGAUGGCUGCCAGAAUCGCUAAUCCAGUCCCUCAAGGGUUCGAUAAGGGGGGAAUUCGUCACCGUGAUCAAGCAGCACUUCGGCAAUGCAGCCUUCGACGACCCACGGUGGUUCGCCACCAACGAAGACGGAAACACUUUGCUUCAUAUUGCCGCUCGUCGCAAUUGUUUGGAUGCCGUAACCUGGAUUCUGAGCCAAGAGUUCGGCUCUCAGAUGAUGCAGAUGCGCAAUUGGGUCGGUGAUACUCCGCUGGAAGUCCUGCUGCUCGCGCUAGAGACGAGGCGUACUCGGAUGUGGUGGCGCAAUUCCAUCAUCGUGACGGCGGACGACUUUGAAGGCUACAAGCCGAAGGCGGUCAAGUGUAUCGCCAUAGGAAGGCCUGCCGCUCGAUACCGAUGA